AUGGGCCUAGUAAAUGAAGCCUGCAUUCCCAGCAAAGCAGUCUACUCAGAAAACAUUCUGUUACCACCUUACUCUUUGCUGUUAGAUGAUAAUCUAAAAAAAAUAACAUCUAAUGAAAAUCUUAAGAUUUUUGUGCUACAUAAAUUUAAAAUAUCUCACAGUAAGGAAUGUGCUGGUAUAUUGCUAUUGCUAGCAGUGGACAUAAAUCCUAACCCGGGACCUCAAUCACAACGUAAUGCCAACAUAUGCCCUGCCUGUUUCAUAACUGUAGCAAAAAACCACAGAGCAGUUGAAUGUGACCAAUGUAAAAAAUGGCUACAUAUUAAGUGUGACAAUAUAUCUGGUAAAUCGUACAAUUCCAUGUUGGCUGCAUCUGAUGACAACACUUCAAACUUUGUAUGUUCCAUAUGCCUCCGCAAUGAACUUCCUUUUGAGGAUUGCUAUUUUGACAACUCAUUUCCAAACGAUGACAUAGAACCAGAUAUAUCUUCCUUUGAACCAAACUUUGAUUUUGACCUUGGUUUAACUAAUAAAAAGGGUUUCAAAAUGGGUCAUUUGAAUGUGAAUGGGUUAAGAAGCAAGCUUGAUUACAUAAAAGUCUUCCUUCAUGAACAUAAACUUGACAUUCUAGCUCUAAAUGAGACUAAAAUUGACAGCCAUGUCACCAAUGCAGAUAUUACCAUCCCUGGUUACAAUAUUUUUUGUUGUGACAGAAACAAACAUGGUGGUGGAGUCGUAAUUUAUGCUAUUGAUACAUUACCCACUAAAAAGCUUAGCCAUUUGAGUAAAGAUAGUAUUGAGAGUAUAUGGAUUGAGGUCAUACUAAAAAAGUCCUUCCCAAUAUUUUUAUGUUCCAUAUAUAGACCACCUGCAAAGGGAAAAGAUCUUGUCAUGGUGGAACGACUGUCUCGAUAUAUCAAGGACUGCCUAAAAAACCUUCCGAAAAAUCCAGAAGUUUUCAUCUUAGGUGAUUUAAACUGCAAUUUUAAUAAACCUAAUAACUUGACUAGAAUUCUAAAAGAUUGUCUUGUCUCCUGUAACUUGAAGCAGUUUAUUGAUAAGGAUACUCACACAACUAUUUCUUCAUCUACUUUAAUUGAUCUCUUUAUUUCCAACAGUGAGCAUAUAUGUCACUCCUCUGUCAUUGAUAUGGGUCUGAGUGACCACUCUUUUAUAUAUGCCAUUCGUAAAUGGAAAUGGGUUAAAAUUCCUGCAAAAGUUAUUAAAUCAAGAUCUUUUAAGAACUUUAACAAAGAAAACUUUUUGUAUGACUUGCAUUCUGUAAACUGGAAUGAAAUUUUAAAUAAAGACAAUCUUGACACAGGUUGUAAUAUCUUUAAUGAAUUUGUUACUAAUAAAAUUGAUCAACAUUCUCCUAUUAAAUCUAGCCGUGUCAAAGGAAAUUGCCCUCAAUGGCUAAAUGAUGACCUUAUUCAUGCUAUAAAAGAGAGGGACGCAUCGGAUCCUAAACGCCUAUGGAAAACUCUUAAGGAACUUGUUCCUGAUAAAAAGAACAAGAAUGUUCCAUCUUUCAUCUCUAAGAACGACAUGGAAAUAAAUGACCCUAAAGGUAUUUUGAACUCUUUCAACUCCUUCUUUGCCACCAUCGGUACUACCCUUGCUCAAAAAUUUAGUUUUGACACGUCUGAUGUCAAUAUAAAAUGUAAUGAAAAAAACUUUAUAUUUAAAGAAGUUGAUGAAAUUACCGUUACCAAAAUAAUAACUGGUCUAAAAAACAAUAAGGUCACGGGUACAGAUAAGAUAGGAGUGAGAGUGUUGAAAGCUGGCCUCCAAGUUUUUUCACCUGUUCUCACCAAAUUGUUUAACAAAUCAUUAGCUCCUGGUUAUUUUCCAUCAUGUUGGAAAAAUAAAAGAGUAUCUCCUCUUUUCAAACUGGAGAUCCUAGUGAUGUAA